AACAAGGUCCUUUAAUGCCGCGUGCGCAGCCGAGAGCUGUGAAGAGGUGGAUACCGCAUUCGUAGCAUUUAUUUUGGAAAAAAUGUACUACAAAUUAAGUGGAUUCACUCAAAGACUGACGGGGUCACCCCCGUCGACUGCGUACAAUCCACAGGGUCUCAAGCCGUCGGUCCCUGCAGAUCCAGCCCCCAUGGUCUUUGCCAGUCCUACCAAAGUGGUGUCUGAGUCGGGCUCCGUGGUGGAGUUCUUGGGCGCCAACAAGAUCCCGGUCCUGCAGAAGCUCUUCCAGAAAUCGGACGGUGUUCCAGUGCACCUGAAGCGGGGGCUACCGGACCAGCUUCUGUACCGCAGUACCAUGGCCCUCACUAUAGGCGGGUUCAUGUACUGCUUGGUGGCCCUGUAUAUCGCUGCACAUCCCCGCAAGUGAACGUCUGCUGAUCUCGGCUCAGCCGCCAACAAAGCCGCGAAGAGGAUGAUGAUGGCUGUGGCGGCCAUUGAACAACAUUGUGCAGGCUCUGUCCCCACCAUGGACCUGACUCCUCUUAUUUACUUCUCAUAUAUUUAUUAACCCAGUCCCAGUGGAAACUCCUGCCCCAUAUUCUGCACCCUCUACCCCAGCACUCACAGCUGUCAAGGACAUACACUGACCUGCUCUCUGCCCUCUUUAGCCAGGACCAGGUGUGUGUGUCUGUGUUUGUGUGUGUACAUUUCAUUUUCCAACUUUCAGUGUGUGAAUAACUCCAAUUUUGUGAACAGCAUCUGUGAAGCGGUCAAGCACAUUUUUGAAAAUUGGGGUCCGGUCUUCUGGGAAUUCGAGGAACUCUCGUGUUCAGAAACCGAGGCAAGUGUAUUACUGAGAGAGUGGCUGGUAGGGCAGGAGAAUAUGUGGGAGGGCAGGAAAAUGUCUCGGUGCAUGGAUGUGCUACAUCCGUCUUUCCCACAUAUCCCUGCUGUAUAAUGGCACUUGUACAAAUUACAUGGAUGAGCAAAGCUGUUAUCUAGGAAUUUUUGGACAGACGUUAUUAUUCAACAGAUAUUUAGUAUUCUCAAUAUAUUCUGCAAGUAUUUCCGGAAACAUUGGUGACCCCAUUUUGAUAGGCGCGAGGAAGUUGGGUGAACGCAAAAUUCAAAGAUGGUGGCAAGACUGUGGCCGUGCACUCAACCACCAAAUGCAAUCGAGUGUUAUGUGCUCAUCGAUAUACGAAAACCCGAAUGCCCUCCCAUUCCCUUUGACUCCCCAUGUCCACACUGCAAACGCAAAUUAAUUUCUCAGCUGACCUGCUUGUAUGAAGUGAAUAAUAGUCACACACUGCCGAAUUACACAAAUGUAUAUUGUGCAUGCUGCAUUUCUGAACGCAGCCCAGCGAACCUCAGCUCUGUGAGGUGUUGAUGGGGAUGGAUGGGGCUGCUGCCAGAGCUAGUGCUGCGUGUUUCUGUGUAGGACCGCCGCCUUUUUUCCCCCCCUGCCCUGCCCUGCCCUCCUCGUUUUCCGCUUUGGCAUUUCUCAGCAAUCAUUGGUUUCCUACUACCCCUCGGAGGUAAUUACAGAGGUUUUGAUUUUGCUAAUGGAAAAAGAAUUGAUUAAUACGCAUUGCAGGCUGAGUUAAUUCUUCUGCAGCGGAAAAGGGUUCUGGUGCAGAGCCACGUAAUGGAAUUUUGAAUUGCUUUAGAAGUUUCCUGUUUUCCCACGCCUAGUGCUAUAUACCGCUCGGUUUGCUUUUUAAUUGGGUUGCGUGACAUUCUUUACAUUAUGUAAAUCUGUACAACACUGGAUUCCACCUCCACUUGCCGCUGGUGAUGUUCAGUCUACAAAACAACAUGAUGCCAUCUUCUCAUGUCCAGCAUUGUGGUGUUUGGGAAAAUACAUUAUAUUUUGUAUCGAUAAAAUAUAAAUGAAUACUAAAUAAAAAAACUUCUGUACA